CGUUCGCGCAACGUCCGGACGCCACGGAAGGCCGUCAACGGAGCGACUGUGCAUUUCCUCUUCCUUCUCCAGCCAAUUCUCAGCUUCACUUCCGGUUUCUUCAUUUCUUGUUCUUCCUGCCCCCGCCCUCCAACCUUUUUUCCCCUUCCAAUUGAAAAAGUCGGUGAUACAGUUAGAAUCUUCAGUUCCCGACCGGGUUGGCCUCUCCUGAGGCCGGAAAGUUCUCUGGCGGUGAUCCGAGGUUGGCGCCUCCACUUGCACUAUGGCCCGAAAUGCAGAAAAGGCCAUGACAGCCUUAGCAAGAUUUCGCCAAGCUCAAUUGGAGGAAGGAAAAGUGAAGGAACGAAGACCCUUCCUUGCUUCAGAAUGUACUGAGCUGCCCAAAGCUGAGAAGUGGAGACGACAGAUCAUUGGAGAAAUCUCUAAAAAAGUGGCUCAGAUUCAGAAUGCUGGCUUAGGUGAAUUCCGAAUUCGUGACCUGAAUGAUGAAAUUAACAAACUGCUAAGAGAGAAAGGACACUGGGAGGUCCGGAUAAAGGAGCUGGGUGGUCCUGAUUAUGUAAAAGUUGGCCCUAAAAUGCUGGAUCAUGAAGGAAAAGAAGUCCCAGGAAAUCGAGGUUACAAAUACUUUGGAGCAGCAAAAGAUUUGCCUGGUGUUAGAGAGUUAUUUGAAAAAGAACCUCUUCCUCCUCCAAGAAAAACACGUGCUGAGCUCAUGAAGGCAAUAGAUUUUGAAUACUACGGUUACCUCGAUGAAGAUGAUGGUGUUAUUGUGCCUUUGGAACAGGAAUAUGAGAAGAAACUCAGAGCUAAAUUGGUGGAAAAGUGGAAGGCAGAGAGAGAAGCUCGGCUGGCAAGAGGAGAAAAGGAAGAGGAGGAAGAAGAGGAAGAGAUUAACAUCUAUGCUGUUACUGAGGAGGAGUCUGAUGAAGAAGGCAGCCAGGAGAAUGGAGGGGAAGAUGGGCAGCAGAAGUUCAUCGCUCAUGUCCCUGUGCCAUCACAACAAGAGAUUGAAGAGGCACUUGUGCAGAGGAAGAAGAUGGAACUCCUUCAGAAGUAUGCAAGUGAGACUCUACAGGCCCAGAGUGAAGAGGCCAAAAGACUUAUGGGAUAUUAGGGCUGAGCAAGGGCUCUCCUUGGGGUCUGGAAAUCUGUUUGGAGUUCUUCAGCCCCACUGGAACUUGCAUUAACCCACUGGCUCUGCUGUCCUUGGACUGCAGACUGGUAGGCUAGUGCUAUGAGGCUUCCUGCUCUUUCUUACUGUUCAUUUUUCUCUUACCUUUUCUUACCUCAUCUGCUGAUCUCAGACAAGAAGUCUGCCCCAUCCUUCCCUAGCAGGCUUUCUACAUGCUAGCAGUUCAGUUGUUACCUUUGUACAAAUACUUUGAUACUGUAUGAACCUACUUAUUUUUAUCUUGAGUGUGUAAAACAGUCUACUAACUGGCUGCCUGUGUUUUAUUCAGCUUUCUACUAUCAUUUGGUGGGGAGGGUGAUCAGUUACUUACUACCAUUAAAAAAUACAGUUUUUCCUAAAAAGACAUUAUUUGUAACUCCUCUUGAAAAAUGUGUCAAUCCUGAAAUGUGCUCACAUCCAUAGCCAGCCAGAGCUGUACAGUUUGGGCCUGGUACAGUUCUCUAUGGCCUACUCAGCCUAUCUGAUUUCCUCCUGCCCAGAUGGCAGGAAAUUGAGUUUACUUCUGUUUUAUGACUGGUUCUGUAGAGAACUAUUUUUAUUAAAGCUUUUUAUAUGAGAGGGAAA